CGGCCGCGGUCACCACCGGCCCUCCCGGGGCAGGCAGCGCCGACAUGGCCCGGCCGCCGCAGAAGGAGAUCGUCUACAACAAGCUGCUGCCCUACGGCGAGCGCCUGGAGGCCGAGGCCGCCCGCUUCCUGCGGCACAUCAAGGGCAACCUGGCCCGCGCCGUGCAGCUGCAGGAGCUCUGGCCCGGCGGGCUCUUCUGGACCAGGAAGCUCUCGACGUACAUCCGCCUGUACGGGAGGAAGUUCAGCAGGGAGGAUCACGUGCUGUUCAUCAAACUGCUCUACGAGUUGGUGACCAUUCCCAGGCUGGAGAUCAGCAUGAUGCAGGGCUUUGCACGGCUGCUCAUCAACCUGCUGAAGAAAAAAGAGCUGCUUUCCAGGGAUGAUUUGGAGUUGCCAUGGAGACCGCUUUACGAAAUGCUGGAGAGGAUAUUGUACUCCAAGACAGAACAUCUGGGAUUAAAUUGGUUUCCCAAUUCUGUAGAAAGUGUCCUGAAAACGCUUGUGAAGAGCUGCAGACCGUAUUUCCCAGAAGAUGCCACUGGGGAGAUGCUGGAUGAGUGGAGGCCUUUGAUGUGUCCCUUUGAUGUGACCAUGCAGAAGGCAAUCACCUACUUCGAGCUCUUCCUGCCCACCACCCUUCCCCCCGAGCUGCACCACAAGGGCUUCAGGCUUUGGUUUGAUGAAUUUAUAGGCCUUUGGGUGUCGGUUCAGAAUCUUCCCCAGUGGGAAGGGCAUCUGGUGAAUCUCUUUGCUCGCUUGGCCACGGACAACAUCGGGUACAUAGACUGGGAUCCGUAUGUGCCAAAGAUUUUUACUAGGAUUUUGAGGAGUUUAAAUCUUCCAGUGGGGAGCAAUCAGGUUGUUGUUCCAAGGUUCUUAACAAAUGCUUACGAUGUAGGACAUGCAGUCAUGUGGAUCACAGCCAUGAUGGGUGGCCCAAGUAAGCUGGUGCAGAAGCACUUGUCUGGCCUGUUCAACAGCAUUGCCUCUUUCUACCACCCCUCCAACAACGGGCGCUGGCUGAACAAGCUGAUGAAGCUGCUGCAGAGGCUGCCCAGCAGUGUGGUGAGGAGGCUGCACCGCGAGCGCUACAAGAAGGUGACCUGGCUGACUCCUGUGCCCGAGAGCCACAAGCUCACGGACCAGGACGUGACAGACUUCGUGCAGUGCAUCAUCCAGCCCGUUCUCCUGGCCAUGUUCAGUAAAACUGGGAGCCUGGAGGCUGCCCAGGCCCUGCAGAACCUGGCCCUGAUGCGCCCCGAGUUGGUAAUUCCACCUGUGCUUGAGAGCAUGCUACCUCUGCUCAUGAGAGCCCUGCCUGGGGUGGAUCCCAACGACUUCAGCAAGUGUAUGAUCACAUUCCAGUUCAUUGCAACAUUUUCUACUUUGGUGCCUUUAGUAGAUUGUUCAUCUGUAUUGCAAGAGAGGGAUGAUCUUUCAGAGGUGGAAAGAGAACUGUGCUCUGCAUCUGCUGAGUUUGAGGAUUUCGUGCUGCAGUUUAUGGAUAGGUGUUUUGGACUCAUAGAGAGCAGCACACUAGAACAAACCAGAGAGGAGACUGAGACUGAGAAGAUGACUCACCUGGAGAGUCUGGUGGAACUGGGGCUCUCCUCUACUUUCAGUACCAUCCUUACCCAGUGUUCAAAGGACAUCUUUAAGGUUGCCUUGGAGAAGGUUUUUAACUUUGCUGUUUCGAACAUAUUUGAGACGAGAGUCGCCGGUCGGAUGGUCGCCGACAUGUGCCGGGCUGCAGUGAAAUGCCGCCCCGAGGAGUCCCUGAAGCUCUUUGUGCCCCACUGCUGCAACGUUAUAACUCACCUCACAGUCAAUGAUGAUGUGUUACAUGAUGAAGAACUAGACAAGGAGCUGCUUUGGAAUCUUCAGCUUUUGUCAGAGAUCACCCGUGUGGAUGGAAAGCAGCUGCUUGUGUACAGGGAGCAGUUUGGGAAGAUACUGCAGCGCACCCUCCACUUAACCUGUAAGCAGGGUUACAUUCUGUCUUGUAACCUACUGCACCACCUUCUUCGUUCUGCUACACUUAUCUACCCCACAGAGUACUGCAGUGUGCCAGGUGGCUUUGACAAGCCUCUUUCUGAAUACUUUCCUAUCAAGGACUGGGGUAAGCCAGGUGACCUGUGGAACUUGGACAUCCAGUGGCAUGUUCCCUCAUCCGAGGAGAUAAACUUUGCUUUUUAUUUGCUGGAUACUUUCCUGCAGCCUGAGCUCACCAGGCUGGAGCUCUAUGCACUUGGAGAACUGGAGAUGUCCAGAGAUGAUGUGCAGCAGAGUCUUGCCAUUGUGCAUAACUGCCUCAUUGGUUCUGGGAACAUUCUGCCUCCUCUGAAAGGAGAAAGGGUGGCUCAUCUGGUCCCAAGCCUGGUGUCUUUGGAAGAGACAAAACUGUACACUGGUGUUGACUAUGAUUUCUCAAGGGAGAAUUACCGAGAAACAAUCGCAAGGGUUACCAGGAAAUUGCUGCGCUACAUUCUUGAUCAUUCAGAAGAUGACACCAAGUCUCUGUUUCUAAUAAUAAAGAUUAUUAGUGAUGUUUUGCAGUUCCAGGGGUCUCACAAGCACGAGUUUGAUUCGCGAUGGAAAAGCUUUAAUCUGGUGAAAAAAUCCAUGGAGAACAGGCUUCAAGGAAAGAAACAACAUAUCAGAGCUCUGCUGAUUGACAGGGUUAUGUUGCAGCAUGAGCUGAGAACACUAACGAUGGAAGGCUGUGAAUAUAAAACUUCCCACCAGGAGAUGAUCAGGGAUCUUCUGUGUUUGUCCACGAGUUCCUAUGGUCAGGUCAGGAGUAAAGCUCAGCAGGCAUUCUUCACAGCUCUGGGGACCUACAACUUCUGCUGCAGGGACAUCAUUCCCUUGGUUCUGGAGUUCCUGCGUCCCGACCGGCAGGAUGUCACCCAAAAGCAAUUCAAAGGUGCCUUAUAUUGUCUCCUUGGAAAUCACAGCGGGGUGUGCCUGGCAAACCUCCACGACUGGGAUUGCAUUGCACAGACGUGGCCAGCCAUUGUCUCUUCUGGGCUUAGCAAAGCCAUGUCCUUGGAAAAACCAUCCAUAGUCAGACUCUUUGAUGACCUGGCAGAAAAAAUCCAUCGGCAGUACGAGACCAUUGGGCUGGAUUUUGCAGUCCCGGAGAAAUGCAUGGAGGCAGCUGUUCUGCUGCAGAAGUCAGUUCAUCCAGAAUCAGACUUCCCAGGUCUUGGUUCAGAGGAAAUCCAGCUGGGAAUUCAGCGGCAGAAGGAGAAGAGUGCUGAGGCUCUGCGAAACUACGAGAACUUGGUCAACAUGCUGCUGGACUGUGUGGAACAGAGAAACCUGCCCUGGAAGUUCGAGCACAUCAGCAUUGGCUUCUUGUCGCUGCUGCUGAGGGACGACAGGCCCCUGCCCGUGCGGGCCAUCAGGUUCUUUGUGCAGUGUCUCAACCACGAUGCCAUCGUGGUCAGGAAGGUGGCCAUCUCAGCUGUAGCUGGGAUUCUCAAACAGCUCAAGAGAACACACAAGAAAGUGCCCAUCUGCCCUUACGAAAUAAGUGGGAGCCCAAAGCCUUCCAGGAUCCAGGCUGGUGACAGACCCGACAACCAGUGGCUGCACUACAACAGCCAGAGCUUGCCAAAGACCAAGGAAGCUUGGGAAUCAUGUUGUUUUGUGGAGAAAACACACUGGGGGUAUUACACCUGGCCACAAACCAUGACAGUUUAUGCCCCAGCUGAGCAUCAGCCAAAGCUUGGGCGAAGGAGGGAUGAGCUGACAGAGGCAGAACAAAUUAUAUAUGAUCACUUUUCUGAUCCCAAGUUUGUCGAGCAGUUAAUAAAAUUUUUGUCUUUAGAAGACAGGAAAGGAAAGGACAAAUUUAAUCCUCGCAGAUUUUGCCUCUUCAAGGGCCUUUUCAGGAACUUUGAUGAUGCCUUUUUGCCAGUUCUGCAGCCCCACCUGGAGCAGCUGGUCUCAGACUCCCACGAGAGCCCCCAGAGAUGUGUGGCUGAGAUCAUAGCUGGGCUCAUAAGGGGUUCUAAGCACUGGACCUUUGACAAGGUGGAAAAACUUUGGAAGCUCCUGUGUCCCUUGCUCCGAACAGCUUUAUCCAACAUCACAGUGGAGACCUACAAUGACUGGGGCACCUGCAUUGCAACCUCCUGUGAGAGCAGAGAUCCCAGGAAACUGCACUGGUUGUUUGAAUUGCUGCUGGAAUCUCCACUGAGUGGGGAAGGAGGAUCAUUUGUAGACGCCUGCCGACUGUACGUGCUGCAGGGGGGCCUGGCCCAGCAGGAGUGGAGGGUGCCAGAGCUGCUGCACAGGCUGCUCAAGUACCUGGAGCCCAAACUCACCCAGGUUUACAAGAACGUCCGAGAGAGAAUAGGAAGUGUGUUGACCUACAUAUUCAUGAUUGAUGUUUCCUUGCCAAACACUGCUGCAACUAAAUCUCCUCGUGUCCAUGAAUUCACCGCCCGGAUACUUGAAAACCUCAAACCCCUCAUGGAGGCGGAUGAGGAAAUUCAGAACCACGUCAUGGAAGAGAACGGGGUUGGGGAGCAGGAUGAGCGAACUCAGGGCAUUAAACUCUUGAAAACAAUUCUGAAGUGGUUGAUGGCGAGCGCAGGACGGUCUUUCUCUACAGCUGUCACAGAGCAACUCCAGCUCUUACCUUUGUUCUUCAAGAUUGCACCCGUGGAAAACGACAAUAGUUACGAUGAGCUCAAGAGAGAUGCAAAGAUGUGUCUGUCCUUGAUGUCUCAGGGUUUGCUGUAUCCUCAGCAAGUGCCUUUGGUACUUCAGGUGCUAAAACAAACAGCAAGAAGCAAUUCUUGGCACGCCCGUUACACCAUCCUAACCUACCUCCAGACCAUGGUGUUCUACAACCUCUUCAUCUUCCUCAACAACCCCGAGGCCGUCGAUGACAUCAGGUGGUUGGUCAUCCAGCUCCUGGAGGACGAGCAGCUGGAGGUGAGGGAGAUGGCAGCCACCACGCUCAGUGGGCUCCUGCAGUGCAACUUCCUCUCCAUGGACCAGCCCAUGCAGACACACUUCGAGCAGCUCUGCAAGAUGAGGCUGCCCAAGAAGCGGAAGAGGGACCUGGGCUCCGUGGGGGACACCAUUCCUUCGGGGGAGCUGGUGAAGCGCCACGCCGGGGUCCUGGGGCUCAGCGCCUGCAUCCUCUCCAGCCCCUACGACGUGCCCACCUGGAUGCCCCAGCUCCUCAUGGAUCUCAGUGCCCACCUGAACGAUCCUCAGCCCAUCGAGAUGACUGUGAAGAAGACGCUGUCCAACUUCCGCAGGACCCACCACGACAACUGGCAGGAGCACAAGCAGCAGUUCACGGACGACCAGCUCCUGGUGCUCACCGACCUCCUGGUCUCACCCUGCUAUUAUGCAUAGGUUUCUCCCGGGACAAUGAGGAUGCGGGAACUUGUCUGCGAAAUAAAGGAGACUCAAAAGCAACUGAUCAUGUAGAGAACUUUGUGUUGGAAAUCCCGAUGCCUAAUCAAACCCACUUUUAAAAUACAGACAUAAGGACCUGGUUCUACCCCAAAGGAAUUUCACCUCCCCAGGGAGCAGCUGUGGGAGCCCCCCCAGUCCCCUCGUGGCUGCGCUCGUGGGGCCCGAUCGUGAGUUCAUGGCAAGACCCUCCUGGGCCCGCACCACCCAUCACUCUUGUUUCUGCUUCCUUGCACACGGUGACCUCCACUGCACACUUCCCACCCUCUUUUCCUGCCCCCUGUUCCCAGCUGAUUCCAGCGUCACGGAUAUGCAGAACCGGAGAGUGCCGCGCCCCGGAGUUCUCGCAGCGGAGCUCUGCACCCCUCCCCUGCUCAGCACACGAUCCCGGGAGCCUGCCUUCCUCAGAGUUUUAUUUUUCACUCCUGGGAUUUGGGUCUCAUCCAGCCAGCUCAGGGCAGGAUUGCCUUUUUGUACCUUCCUUGUGCAAAUGUAAAUAGCUGAUCCCUGUGCGGUGUGGGUGGUGGCGGGGCAGAGCGCGGGGAGGGACGGCUCUUCCUGCCUGGUCAGGCCUUUGGAGGGAACUUGGCCACAGGUGGAAUAAAAAAAUCUAUGAUUAUCUGCGUAUUUGUGAGGGGAAAAGACUGGUGUCUCCAUGUAAUUAGAGCCCAAUAGGAAAUGAUGGACUGUAAGUGGUGGUUGAACUCACGGAAUGAUAUUGUAUGCACAGUGUGGAAGGGCAGUUUUUAACAGUGUAUUCCCAUAAAGAUUGUCACUGUUUGAGCAAACAUAUCUCGUUUGAAGAUUGUGGAAGCUCUGUGUUUUUUUUGCCUGAAGCUUUGUUCAGAGACUGGUAUGAAUCGGCUGUGUAAUAACCUGUUUAAUAUGUGUUACAUAGUUGUAAAAGACUGUAUAAAUUGUAGAGGCAUUGCAUUGACAAAACAUUGUACAGUUUGCAACCUUUUACAUAACACCAUUGUGAGAUUAAUUUGUAAAGAUUCAUACUUAGAUGUUAAUACAGUAGUGGUUCUGGCUUUUGUAUCGAAUCAAAAUGCCAUCCUUAGUUUUUUUUAAAUUAUUUUCUUUAACGGAAUCUCUUCUGUGUCCGAGAGGCAAGAGAGGCUUUGUUUUGGUUUUUGCCCCAUAUCUCAUUCUGGCCGUGUCUCACUCAGAUCUCACUGCACCACGUGUGUGCUGACAUCACACACCCUGGUGUGAUGCCCUCAUGGAACGGGAGGUACAUGGGAACAGCCCAUCAGCUGGUGUGUGUUCCCUGUUCCCUGCAUGGGAGGGAGCACCCAGACCUUUCUCCGAGCGUGUGACCGAUCCCAGAGUUGGGAGCUCCCGGGGCAGCGUGGGAGCGGUGUGGGCACACGGAUGUACCCCUGUAUAGCGUAGUGCCAAACUCUGAGCUCAGCUGUGUACGUAGUGAAAGACCCAAUAAAUGGACUGUUUGUAACACCUGCA